GUCCCUUUAUAUUCUUCUUACUUUAUUGUUAUUAUUUUUUUUUUUUUCAAUAUGUUUUUCCUUUCCUUCUAUACUAUAUCAUGAAUUGCAACUUUAAGUUGUUUUGUCACGAUCAGUCUGUAGAGAUCACUAGCGACAAAAAAGGUGUACCAUUUGCCUAUUAUUUAUUAUCAAACUGUCCUUCUUUAGACGAUACGUAUUCACCAACUCCUUACCUUUUUAAUGGUCACCUCCAAACUGGCUAUGCUGCUAUCUUUAAAAGAAAAAGUCCUCAUGUCAUUUAUGAAAGAGAACUUUUGACUUUGGACGAUGGUGGACAAUUGUCUCUUGACUGGACGGUAAGUCAAGAUCGAUCUUUUGAAAAUACAACUACUCCAAUAUUAGUGGUUUUACAUGGUCUCACAGGUGGAAGUCAUGAAUCGUAUAUUCAUGGCGUUCUGGAAAAGGUUCUCCAAGGACCUCAACCUUAUCGAGCUGUGGUGAUGAAUGCUCGAGGUUGUGGAUUAACAGAAAUCACAACACCACAAACUUAUAGCGCAGGAUAUACUCAAGAUAUUCGGGCAGCAUUACUUCAUAUUCAACAAAAAUUACCAGUAGGCACUCCAAUGGUUGGUAUUGGCUUUUCUUUGGGAUCUAAUAUUCUAGUCAAGUAUUUGGGCGAAGAAAAAGAAAACACUCCUUUGCAAGCCGCGAUCUCUGUUGGCAAUCCAUUUGAUUUUUUGAUAUGUGCAAAUAUUCUAGAUGGCAAUUAUUUUAAUCGAAUGAUCUAUUCCAACGCAUUAGCCAAGAAAUCGAAUCGAGUCAUUGGACGACAUCUCACUAUGUUGAAGAAACAUCCUGAACUGAUACUAGAGGAUGUGCUUACUGCUAAUACUAUUAGAGAUUUUGAUCGUGCUUAUACUAGUAAAAUGUUUGGGUACACUACUGUCAACAAUUACUAUCGUGAUUCAAGUUCGGCAUCUUAUAUUGAACAUGUUCGGAUUCCUUUGGUAUGCAUCAAUGCGUUAGAUGAUCCUAUAGCUCUGUCAGUGUGUAUCCCUUGGGAAGAAAUCAAGGUAAAUCCUUAUGUACUGAUGAUGACCACUGAUUAUGGAGGUCAUUUAGGUUGGUUUCAACACUUUCUUUCUCCUUCUCGAUGGAUAGAUCAACCUCUUGCAGAAAUCAUCAGUGCUCUCUUCAAGAUCAAGGAAGUUCAAGUAGUUUAGAUGAUAUAGUCCCAUACCUCUAUCAAGUGCAUUAGAUAUGCAGUAUAGCUAAUUCAAUGAAUCCUCAUAAGGAAGCUGACGACAACUUGUAGACUAGUAUUUUUUUUUUUUUUUUUUGCCCAGCUCUUUCG